AUGGGAAGAGGUGGAGAUGGCAAGGACGGAUACUUCGAUGACACCGCAGAGAGGUCGGGAGGAGCAGGAGGAGCAGGAGGAGCAGGAGGAGCAGGAGAUCGCGUCAACCCCUUUCUGCAGAUGCCGAGCUGGGAUGUGAUCAAGAGGACCACACGAGCCUUCGGAGGAGAGGAAAGGACUGCAUUCCCCGAGCUGUUUUCAUCCUCGAAGAGGGGGAAGGGCUUGACCGUGCUGGAAUAUGGGCCGAAGUCCAUAUCCUACCUGAACAAAGUACAGCUCGAAAUUGUGGAGCAGGAGAAGGAGGAAGAUGAUAUGACUGUAAAUCUUUGCAAGCAGCUAAGAACCACCAAUCCUGUUAACGCCAUCGAUCCCCUCAACGACGGCAGCACUCCUCUGGACAUCUUUCUCAAGCAGCCCCCUCCUCCGGAGCCAACAGAAGAUCAGGCCAAGGAAAGGACGCGAAGGAAGACUUACGACUACAUUGGGACCUUGUCAAAAGUAGAGCAGCCUGCUGAAGACCUGACGGACUUUAUCAAGAGGUCCAUUUUCGUUCAGGAGCGGCGCACGUCCACCGAGGAGGUCAGAGGAGAUCAGAGACAGCAGCAACAAACAGCCCCUCCUAAGGCUCCCGAUGCUACCCAGGGCGAGACCGCGGUCGCCCCUCCCACGAUGAUGCGGGAGGUCAACGAACCACCAAAGGCAGCGAGCAGGAUUGUACCAAGGGAGGAGACUGCUCCCUUCGACAUCAACGAGUGGAUCAGGGGAUCUGUCUUCA